UCCAACUUCUUUCCUAAAAGAUAACCUAAAACAAUUAAGUUGACCAGAGCUUGCCACAUGGCAACAAACCCAGUCGGCCAACUAAUUGUAGUCCUCCAGCCUACUCAAACAGCCGUAUAGCCACAAGCAUUUUGUCACAUUUGUAAAUUCCCACUAAAGCAAUCCUCAAACUUUUAAAGAGAAAAAGUGUGGCCACCUAAGGUCCACCAACUAAUUUGGAGACCAUAUUAUAUAAAUACCUCUGCUGCAGCUUCUAACAAACCAAAAACAGAAUACUUCUGAAUAUUCUUACACUUCCUACCAAAUACCAAUCUCUUCUUCUUCUCAAUGGAUUGGACCAGAGGCCAAACCAUAGGCCACGGCUCUUCUGCCGCUGUCUCGGUUGCCAAAUCACGUUUGUCCAGCGAGAAUUUUGCGGUCAAGUCUGUCGAGUUAUCGAAGUCACAGUUGUUGCAAAAGGAGCAGAAAAUUCUGUCUGAAUUGAGCUCUCCUUAUAUAGUUACCUACAAGGGGUACGAUGUUACAAUAGAGAAUAACAAGGCCAUGUUUAAUCUUAUGAUGGAGUACAUGCCUGAAGGUACACUCUCCGAUCAAAUUCGGAAACAUGGUGGUCGGAUCAACGAGCCGUUGAUUGGGUAUUAUACCAAACAAAUUCUACAAGGACUACAAUACGUGCAUUCCCGAGGCAUAGUACACUGUGACAUUAAAGGACAGAACAUUUUGGUAGGUAAAACCGGUGCCAAAAUUGCUGAUUUUGGUUGUGCCAGGUGGGUUGAUCCUGCUGAGAGGGCAGAGCCAAUUGGUGGAACGCCGAUGUACAUGGCACCAGAGGUGGCACGUGGGGAAGAACAGCGAUGUCCAGCUGAUAUUUGGGCAUUCGGAUGUACUAUUAUUGAAAUGGCCACGGGUACAUCACCAUGGACUAAUGUGACUAAUCCAGCUUCAUUACUUUACAGAAUUGCAUUUUCAGGGCAAUCCCCUGAAAUUCCAAAAUUGCUGUCUUUACAAGCAAAGGAUUUCUUAAACAGAUGCUUUAGAAGAGAUCCAAGAGAAAGAUGGACGGCUAAAGAACUCCUCAAACAUCCAUUUCUUGAAGAAUAUUUUAAUUCGAAUCAAGAUUUUAUCACAAGCUCGCCAACAAGCAUUCUUGAUCAAGAUAUUUGGAAUUCAGUUGAGGAAUCAGAAACUUUGGAUUAUUCAAUACAAACAAUAAGCUCAACGGAUUCUUCUUUGCAAAUGUUAAGAAAAUUGGGUUUAUAUUCAGUAGAAGUAGAACCCAACUGGAGAUGGGACGAUGAGAGAUGGGUCACUGUUAGAAGUAUUGGUGAAUAACUCGAUAGCUAACAGUCUUGUCAGAAAAUUGGCACAGUAAUUUUCCUCUCGCAAGAUAUAUUUAAAAGUGACCUUAGUAGGUGACACUGACACUAAUACUAACAAUGUAUGUCCUCUUUGAGACUUUGACAAGCUUGACAACAAACGAACAAUCUAUUUCAACUUCCAAUUCUUUAUAUUCCAUUUUUUUUGCUAAUUAUU